CUCAUGAAAGUUAUAGGCUGGUAAUGUUGAUGUCCUGAAUUGUUACUAUGCUCAUGGGGAGGAUAAUGAGAACUUUCAAAGGUGAAGUUAUUGGAUGCUUGAUGAGAAGUCAGAGCACAUUGUUCUUGUACAUUAUCGUGAUACUAAAGAACAAUGGUCCAGGUGGCAAAGGAGGAAACCGGAUGCUGAUACGGUUUUCCUGAAAGCCAUGGCAGAAAUUGGGCAAGUAAAGCUUUAUGGUGAGCACCCAACAUUGAUAGAAAUGUCUCUUUACCGAGCAAGACGCCAUCUUUAUAAGGAAGAGAGGCUUCAGGCUGAGGAAGAUAAAUUGGAAGAGAUUGGUCCGAUGGCAUACUAUUCAGAAUGGGUAAAAGCAUGGAAAGGGGACACAUCUCGUGAAGCUAUUCAGAAGCAUUUUAAAGAGACUGGUGAAGAUGAAACUGCUCAACUAAUUGAAAUGUUCAGCCACCAAACUGAUCGGGAGUAUCGCAUAAUGAUAGGAACUGAUGUGCAUAUUAAAAGGGAUCCUUUAGCAAUGCGAAUGAAGGAGAAACAGAUAAAGAAAAGUAUGUACUCUUAACAACUAAAAUGUGUUAUGUCAGUAUCCUGUUUUAGUUUUUUAGUCUUCUCAUAUCAUCAGGCCAAGGCCAAGCAUCCCAUACUUUGUGGCUGUAAAAAUCAUUCUGCUUGCACUGAGAUCUACCAUUCAUGUGCUUUUAAUCACAUUAGAUUCUAGAUAUACUAAAUCCAGAAUAUCAAUUAGUUAAAAAGUUACCUUCAUUCUUGCAAUAUGGGGUGGAGAUCCAGUUUACCAACCGUGAACUAUAUUCAAGAUCCAAAUGAAGUGAUCGACUACAGGGGACCGGAUUUCCAUGAACCAACACCAAAUAUGCUGUCUUAUCUAAUGGAGCAUGGACACAUUAUUACAAGGGAGGAACUCAACACUAUUCUGGCAAAGGAGAAGCCUGAAUAGCAUGUGGUAUGGUAGUCAGAAGUAAUAAGCAUGGAAAUUAUAUUAAUACUAAUAGAGAAUAUACAAAUUGCAUGGAUCAUUUGUGAAAUAUGACUCUUGUAAUUUUUGUCAUCAAGAUAAAUUAAAAGGAACCU